GUUCCCCCCCCCCCGCCCCCCUAUUUUCUCCGCAGCUUCCCCUCUCUCUCUCUCUCUCUGUAUAUCGCUUUCUUUAAACCCUAGCUCGUUCUCUCUCUCUCUCUCUCUGAUACAUCGAACGGCGAACUGGAUGCUACUAUGAAGCGAUAGAAAGCCAACAAUUUCGAAGGAUGACUGGCCAGGAUGCUUUCAAGAAGGAUUUGAGGCUUUGUGGAUUAAUGUUUUACUGCUGCUUGUGAUUUUGUCAAUCUAUUUGUGUGUUUUAGAAUGGAUCGCUGUGAUACAUCAGGAUUUGUUAGUGGGGGGUGCACUGUGUUUGAUUGAGACUCUUUGAACCUCAUUGCAACUUCUAAAGUCAGGAAAACGGUUUUCUGACAAUUUCCAAGUUGGUUUAGCUAGGAAUCUUUCUAUCUGUUAACCUUAAUGGACAGCACUUCUCAACAUCUUGUCACUAAUUUUGCAUCAAAAGGGUCCAACAGUCGAGGCAAUAUUAGUGAUGCCAGGCUUGUUUAUUCCACCACUGCUGCUUUUCAACUGGAUCCCCUUAGUUUGUCACGCUCUUAUUUCUCAGACUCCAUGGGAAGCAAAAGAAAAUGGUGUGCUAAUGAUAAUACCGGGCACCUGCAAGAUGGGGCUUCUCUAGCUCUUAGUUUGGGCCAUUCUUCAAAUUCUUGCACUACCAUGUCCUCGGGGAAAGACAUCAAGGACUCUUCUUCAAUGGAUCUUGGUCUCAGUGUUAACCUUCAUCUUCAAAAGGAGUUGAUAGCUAAACAAAAGAACAUUUCCAUUUUGAUUUCCAAGGGACUGGAAGUGGAAAAAUCCAAGCUGGAUCUUGAGCUGGGUCUUUCUACUAGGCAUGCUGAUUCUGAUAUAACUACUGUUACUCCAGGACUCUCAUCAUUUCAGAAUAAUAGGGAGUCUUCAGUUGUAGAUGGUUCUGCACAGCUUGUGGAUGAAGGAUCAACAUCAUCUCGAUGGAAACUGAGGCCUCUCGUCCCUCCACUGCAUACGUUAUCAAACAAAGAGAGUUCUACUCUUACUGAUCUUGCUUGUAGCCAUACUCACUUGCCUCCUGCCACCCCAAACUUUUCGUCAACCAGAGUAAUCAUGCCAAAAAGCUCCGUUCCCUCGACUUCUGAGGUAACUCAUCAACAACAGAGGCACAAUAUGGGUAUCAAAACAUGUCAGUUCAGUGGAUGUACUAGAGGAGCAAGGGGUGCUUCUGGCCUUUGUAUUGCACAUGGUGGUGGCAGAAGGUGUCAAAGGGUUGGAUGUCAGAAAGGAGCUGAAGGUAAGACCGUGUUCUGCAAGGCCCAUGGGGGUGGCCGUCGUUGCCAAUAUCUUGGGUGCACAAAGAGUGCUGAAGGCCGGACAGACUACUGCAUUGGCCAUGGCGGAGGGAAGAGGUGCAGCCAUGAGGGUUGCACCCGUGCUGCAAGAGGAAGAUCUGGCUUGUGCAUUCGGCAUGGGGGUGGCAAGAGGUGUAAGAUGGAAAAUUGUCCCAAGAGUGCUGAGGGCAUUUCUGGCUUCUGCAUUUCCCAUGGCGGUGGCCGUCGUUGCCAGUAUCCUGCCUGUACAAAAGGUGCUCAAGGGAGCACAAUGUUUUGUAAAGCACAUGGUGGGGGCAAAAGGUGCACAUUUUUGGGGUGUACAAAAGGCGCAGAAGGGAGUACACCAUUCUGUAAAGGACAUGGCGGGGGAAAGAGAUGCUCGUAUGAAGGGGGAUGCACAAAGAGUGUUCACGGAGGAACCCUGUUUUGUGUUAAUCAUGGUGGAGGCAAGAGAUGUGCUGUUCCUGGAUGCACCAAGAGUGCAAGGGGUCGUACAAACUACUGUGUUCGACAUGGUGGGGGGAAAAGGUGCAAGUAUGAGGGAUGUACGAAGAGUGCUCAAGGCAGCACUGAUUUUUGCAAGGCUCACGGUGGAGGGAAACGUUGUUCCUGGGGCCAGUUAGGUUCAGAGUUUGGUAGCCAGCCUGGUGGUCCUUGCGAUAAAUUUGCGAGGGGGAAGUCUGGCCUAUGUGCUGCCCACGGUGCCCAGGUGCAAGAGAAUCAAAUCCAUAAUAGCAGUACAUUGGUGCAUUCACUGAAUGCCCCACAGUCUAGCGCAUCUGAGAAGAUGAAAGGGAACAACCACUCCAUUGAUAUUGAAACUGCAGGCAGUAUCAGUUCCUCAAUUAAUUUUAUGGGUUAUGGGCAUCAGUUGUUUCCUGUGCAGAUUCCUUCCCAGGAAAAUUUACCUUUUGAAAAUGGUUUACAUCACUUUUCACUUCCAGAAGGUCGCGUUCAUGGAGGAAACCUAAUUGCAAUGCUAAGAGCUAGCACCGGCGUUGGUGCAGGCAGAAGUAAUCAAGCUGCUGGUGGCCCAUCCGAGCAAGGAAACUCCCGUCCAAUGUCCUACAGCUGGGUGUAAGUAACCUUGUCUUGGAAUUGAAUCUUAUGCUUUUUUGUCUAGUUUAGAGGUUUGGUCAUCUUGGAUGAGAAAUUAAAGUUCUCAUCUCAUUAGGUUACAUGAUUAAAAAUUGGGGAAAAUAGGUUAGAUGUGUGAUUGCAUUCUUGUAUAAAUCAUUCCUGUAAAUAUUAAUAUAUCAUUAUGCAGAUUGCUGUUGUA